GUGACAAAAAAAGAAGAGAAACAAUGGUCCCACUCAUUCAUUCAUCACAUUAUUGUUUUGUUUACACUGAUGCACCGUGCACACGCACGCUCGACCAGCCCACCUCGCCCCCUACCCCUACACCCCCAAAAAAUGAACGAAAGAAAAAAAACCUGCCUCUGUUUGGCAGCGGGAGGGCGUGGCUCAUGUCAGCGAGUGUGUCUCUCCAUAUUCAUACGAGGGCUUCUUCAAGCCUCCUCAUCUCUCGCUGACACGGAUGCGCAAACCGCAGCGCCCCCGUCAAGUAUCCCAGUGUUUCCCAACCUUCAUUUUGUGCUCAAAAGAUCUCACGGUACACCGCCAGACAAAAAUGUCCCAGGAAGUCUGCAGUGUAUAAGCCCAAUGUACCUAAAUAACGGUACAGUAAGAUGUCCAUUCAGUAGAAGAGCAUAAAAUUGUUCUGCCUUUAUGUCACUAUACAAUACUGGCAUAAAUAUAUGAACAAAGAUACAUUAGAUUUACUUGAGAGCGGGCACAUUUGGAUUACAGCGGCAAUUCCAGCGCGAUCGCAGUCGUCCAGCAUGGGAUCCAACCCAAAAAGGACAGUGACCGUCCAGAUGGUGCCUCAGCUGCCUGCGGCGGAAACUCUCGCCAAUAAGGAGACCAACGCCAACUGGACCACGGAGCCGAACCUGAUAGCCUCCCAAGUUUGUUGCACAUUGCCUGGCCGCAAACUGGAUAAGACCGAGUCGGUAGUGCCCGUUAGCACCCGCAAGCCGAUUGAGGACAUGUCAAGCAAAGGUGUGGCUGAAGUGGGAGAGUUAAGAGAUGCUAAUGCUAACAUUAGCAACAUGUUAAGCCUGGCUGACGAGAAAGUUUCCAAGAGUCCCGGCUGCCGGGUAAAAACACCCAAGGACGAAGCGAGCGUCAAAACCGCGAUGCGAAAUAUCUCAUCCAAACGUAACAACGGCGCGAGACACCUCGCGCCUGAACCGGAGAAAGAGACGGCUGUGGAGAGUCUGUCAGUUCACAAAGAUGAGGACGGCUCGAGUCCUAAGGAGCCUGGUCACAAACGAAAACACUCCGUUUCGCUUCAGGAGGCACCCAAGCUCAAAGAAAGCGCAGAAACUGUGCCCUUGUUCAACUCCGCUUUGCCUUCAACCAACAGCCAGGGCAUCGACAAAACACCUGUGGAAAAAGUGUCUGUAGACAAAGUAUCCGUCGACAAACACCAGCCGGUACCCUUGCAGACAGAGCCCUUGUCCUUGCCCUUGGUGACGCAAAAAGUCCAGGAACAUCCGGAAAGUCCGACCGAGUCUCACUGUAAGCUCUACAGGGAGGCUUCCACCAUGACCUCCCCUCGACUACCUUCCACCGCGGUCGAACGGGGCCGCGACGCCGAGGUCCAGGCGGUAGCCGCCACCAGCUGCAAGGCCGUGUCCACCAGCCCAAGCCUGCUGCCCAUCAGGCUCAACGCAGGCACCCUUGAGGAAGCGCAGAGCCUCAAUCGGGCCGACGGGAGUUUGGGCUUCCACCAGAUUGAGCCACCCAUGAAGAUUCACUCGCCGCCCACCACGGAGAGGCUCACCGUUGAGGCGGAAAUGUGCCCCGCCGCCGCGGUUGACUCCAAGCUGGGGGCGAAGCCUAAAGAAAGCGCGCCGACUCUCAGCAGCAUCCAACCGGUGUACCAGAUCAACAUCGAGCACAGUCAUCGCAAGGAGCCAGAGAACAGAAAUGCGGCGGACAUACCGGUGACCGACUCCCAAAAGACGGAUGUCCCUACCAGGUCCGGAUUCGCAGACAAGGCUGUUACAGCUCAUAUCAAACUAUCAACGCCCAGGAACACGUCGUCAUCCACGUUGGAGGAAGCAAAAGGUACAAAAGACUCGGAAAAAGAAACGGAGACCAAUUCUGGCAAGCGGCAAACAGAAGUCGAGGAAAGCGACGACGAGAAGCAGACGCGGAAGAGCGUCCACGACGUCGUCUGGGAUGAGCAGGGUAUGACCUGGGAGGUUUACGGUGCAUCGGUGGACCCCGAAUCCCUGGGCUUCGCCAUCCAGAGCCACCUGCAGUGCAAGAUCAAGGAGCAGGAGAGAAAACUGAUCGCCCAGACCUCCUUCCGCAAGUCCAUCACUGGCCCGGACUCGCCGAGGGCGGAAAAGAAGAGCAAACGACGGCAGAGCAACCCCUUUCAGUCCAUCCUGCGGAACGUGCGUCGCCCCAACUGCUGCGCACGCCCCGCUCCUUCGGCCGUGCUCGAUUAGAUGUCGAGCAAAUGUUCAAGUCUCCCACCCUCCACCAUCACCAGCCCCUCCCACCAGAGUUCAAAGUGGCCGAUGUAGUGAGGCCACGCGACGGGGCAGCGCUUCCCGUGAGUAUCUCAGAAUGUGGUAGACUAGACCAUUUGUGACAUUUGUGACUCAAAGGAAGCGAAAAGGGUGUACCGACGAACAAUUCGUUUUGAUAGAAAUGGAUAUUUAAAUCUCAAAAACGGAGGGUAUGUCUAUAAAAGAGAGAACGUCUAUACAGUCAACUAAUCUAUGGCAAUAAUAGAGAAACGCAUGUGUGUUAGUCGCAAUGGCAACAGUUAUAUGGCAACGAAGAACUUGCAUUAAAAAAAAAAUAAAAAAUUUAAAAAGGUCGCUGUUACAGCCGGUAUGAUUUCUUGUUAAAUCUUUGUGCAAAUAUACGAAACCAAGAUCUCGCCGCAGUUUUUUAUUUAUUUAUUCAUUUAAUUUUUUUUUUUUAGAUGUUCGGGAUCCUGUAUUUUGAGUCCCCCACACCCCACCUUUCAUGAACCUUUAUUUUCUAGUGCCGUCAGAAAAAGACCAAGGAACUGUCUGCAUUCAUGUCUGUUUACUCUUUGGUUUUGUAUUAAAAGAUGAAAAAAAAAAAAUCUAGUGUCAGACG